CGGCUCUCCGAAGACCACCACCACCAGCGCCUCCCGGCUCUCCGAAGACCACCAGCAAAGCCGCUCUCUCUAUCGGGGCAAGUCAAUCCAACAAGAAAACAAGAUCUUCAACGAGCUACGGCCGACUUCUCUUCACACGAGCUGCUCAGCCGUUAAUCUUUGAAGCGACGAAGGGAAGGCCGGCGGUGUUUGUCGUUGAAGAUUGUUGGCGUAAUUGUGUCCCAUCUCCGAAGCCCAACCGCCAGCAACAAAUGUCGGAAAAUCCGCUUCAUCAUCUCUUCCAAGCGUUCGGCAAAGUGUCGGAGUGUGUGCAGACACAUCUCUCACAGCUCACUCAACGCCCCGCCGGGAAAAAAUCCCUGCCCUCUCUAAGCACAAACCGGAACCCCCUUGUAUCUCUCUCCUCAAAUUCCGGCGCUGACACUCAUAUUCUCCAACCGGCCGAAAUCCUUCAAAAGGGGAAGUCUUCAAGUCCAACUACAAAAGAAGAUCUUGGAAGAGCUACGUGGACUUUUCUUCACACGCUAGCUGCUCAGUAUCCAGAUAAGCCAACUAAGCAACAGAAGAGGGAUGUUAAAGAACUGAUGGCUAUAUUGUCUCGUAUGUAUCCUUGUAAAGAAUGUGCAGAUCACUUUAAAGAAGUUAUAAGAUCAAACCCGGUGGAGGCUGGAUCUCAUCACGAGUUUUCACAAUGGGUAUGCCAUGUGCAUAAUGUUGUUAAUAGAAGCCUAGGCAAGCUUGUAUUCCCCUGUGAACGAGUCGACGCAAGGUGGGGCAAGUUAGAGUGCGAGCAGCGCGCGUGUGAUCUACAAGGGACUUCAAUGAAUUUCAGUAAUGAAUUGAAAUGAAUUUGUAUCGUAUUAACAUUAAUACGACGAGUGCAUCAACGGUACUUAUUCGAAGAUGUUAUGAGCUGUAUAAUGACAUUUCAUAUGAUGUUUUGAAUAGUUUAUAAAAUUGUCGAAAACUGUUACUGGUUUA